GUUAGAGGGCAAACUAACCACAAAAACCCCCCUAAGACGCCCAUCAGGAAUACUUCCGGUGAAAUUCCGGUUGAAAUCAAGGACACUCCAGAAAAGGAUAACUCCGGUGAAAUCCCGGUCGAAAUUAGGACACCUCUGGUGAAUUCUG